AUGGCCGAUGAGGAGCACUCACGCACCGCUUCUUCGUAUGACGGUGACGAUGAUUUCGUAGAAGGAGAGGACAAUGGAGAAGACUUUGAAGUGAUCGACAUUUCAGGAACGUUAGAUGAAGAAGAACUGCUCGAAGGUGGAGUAGAUUACGCAGAAGAGCUUCGAGAAUUAGAAGAUGAAGGUUCGAUGGAUAUUGAAGAGCUUAGACGACGAUAUGGUUACUCAUUAUCUGGGGAUGAUGAAAGCGCCGAAGCAGAGUGCGACAGCGGUUCAGAUGUAGGCGUCGUCGCAGACGUUGGUGAUGGUGAAUGUGAAACGGUAGACGUAGAGGCUAGCGAGAGCGGAGACUUUUUACAUCUUCCGUAUGAUGAGCUCGACGAAGGCGACGAUUCAGAUGAUAGAGACUAUGCGCCACCAGACCCUUGGAGGAAAGAUGUUCGUGUUGAUGCAGGCCGUUACCAAGCAGCGGUUCCUGAGGGCAUGAACGACGAUGCUUCUUUAGCGUCGAGUGAUAAUGAUAAUGAUUUACCUACGCUACCAAAUCCAGUGCCUGGUGGGGCGCUGUGGAUGCCGACGGAUGAGUUGUCAGAAGUCGAUAUAGAUCGGUUUCUAGGCGACAUUGUUGAAUUAAGAGAAGCGCAUGGUCAAACAUUUUCCAAUCGGUUUGCUGUGACAAGAGACGACGAAGACGCACUCUGUGCAUUGUAUAGGCACCAUUACGAUACUGAUAAAGCAAAGGUAGGCGCUCUGCAAUGGGAUCUGUCAGAGCGCGAUUUGUUCGAGAGAGGUAUUGCGAUGUACGGCAAGAACUUCUCUGUCAUACAAAAGAGGCUGCUUCCAUAUAGACGAGUAGGAGAGCUUGUUGAAUAUUACUAUUUCUGGAAGAAAACAGAUAGAUAUCAAAUGUUCCGGAAGCAUACCGUGUAUGCUGAGCCAGAUAUGCAUUGCCUAGGACCGCCAUUAUUUCACCAAAAUCAAUAUGCACAACUCCCUUACGAUGGAGCUUUACCCGAAGUGGGCGGUACGAGAGUGGAGAAUGACGGUGUUCUUCCUGACAUGGCGGGCAGUGGUGUACUACCAUCAACAGAAGCUGGUAUAGCGAAUCUCUCCGCUACAGCAGCGUCGUCCCAACCGCCCAGCGAACCGCCAGCACCAAUAGCUGCACCCGGCAACGGUGAUGGUGAACCGAAAGCCGAACGUGGUGCUGAUAUCUGGUGGAAUGACGACGUGCCUGUGGCGCAAGUAUGA